AAGGCAAUGGUGAAAGAAAAGAAAAGAGCAGAUAAAAAAGGGGAUAAGUUGGCCUGCUCUCCCUCGUCUGUCUCCGAUCAUACAGAGUUUCCCAAACAAGAUGGCAAUGCUGCCAGGCAAGAUAUGCCCCCAGGUGCUGUGCCACCAUUGGACAUGCAGCUCAAAGAACCAGAACUCGAGAGAGAGUGCAAAAAUGAUGAUCUGCGGAAUGAAGAUACCACCCAGUAUGAAGAUACCACCCAGUAUGAAGAGCCCAUUCUGACCAAACUCAUAGUAGAAAGCUACGAAGGGGAAAAAGUCCGUGGACUGUAUGAGGGAGAAGGCUUUGCCAUCUUUCAAGGAGGCUGUACCUACCACGGUAUGUUUUCAGAAGGACUCAUGCAUGGACGGGGGACUUACGUCUGGGCUGAUGGAUUGAAAUAUGAGGGGGACUUUGUGAAAAACAUCCCCAUGAACCGUGGCGUCUACACAUGGCCGGAUGGCAGCACCUACGAAGGAGAAGUGGUCAACGGCAUAAGACACGGAUUCGGCAUGUUCAAGUGCAGCACGCUGCCCGUGUGCUACAUCGGCCACUGGUGCCACGGCAAGAGACACGGCAAGGGCUGCAUUUGUUACAAUCAAGAGGGUACCUCUUGGUACGAGGGAGACUGGGUGCACAACGUCAGAAAGGGCUGGGGGAUAAGGCGUUACAAAUCUGGAAAUAUAUAUGAAGGUCAGUGGGAGAACAACGUGCGUCAUGGGGAAGGCCGGAUGAGGUGGCUGACAACUAACGAAGAGUACACGGGUCAUUGGGAGCAGGGGGCCCAGAAUGGUUUUGGCACACACACAUGGUUUCUAAAGAGAAUCCCCUACUCCCAGUAUCCUCUGAGAAAUGAAUAUGUGGGAGAGUUUGUGAAUGGAUACCGUCAUGGCUAUGGAAAGUUCUACUAUGCCAGUGGAGCCAUGUAUGAGGGAGAAUGGGUUGCCAAUAAAAAACAUGGCAUGGGCCGAUUAACUUUUAAGAAUGGGCGUGUGUAUGAUGGCCCAUUUUCCAAUGACCGCAUAGCAGAGUUUCCAAAUCUUGAAGGUGAACUGAUCAGCUACCUGGACACGACUCCAGAAUCUGCCCUCAGGAACCAGUAUUGCAGAUCCUCCAUCAGUGCCGAAAUCAUCAGAAAGCUUGAUGGCAGUGAAAGUAAUUCCACGUUAGGCUCGAGCAUUGAGCUGGAUCUCAGUUUGUUGCUGAAAAUGUACCCGGAGAGAGACCAAUCAGAAGAAAAGAAGCAGGUAGAAUAUGCUAUCUUAAGAAAUAUUACAGAACUAAGAAGAAUCUAUAGCUUCUACAGCAGCCUAGGAUGUGAUCACUCUCUGGAUAACACCUUUCUGAUGACAAAGCUUCACUUCUGGAGGUUUCUAAAAGACUGCAAAUUCCAUCAUCAUAAAAUAACCCUCGCCGAUAUGGACAGGGUACUAAGUGCCAAUAAGGACAUACCAGUUGAAGAAAUUCAUUCUCCAUUUACAACAAUACUUUUGACAACAUUUUUGAAUUACCUCCUGGAGUUGGCUUACCACAUCCAUCACAAAGAAUACCAAGACAGAAGCCCAUCACUCUUUUUGUGUUUUACAAAACUGAUGAAUGAGAACAUUCGCCCAAAUGCCUGCCGUGUAAAAGGCAGUUUAUUCUGCGAGGCCCACCAGACACUCUAUUCAAUGAAUUACGUGGAUAAGUGCUGGGAGAUCUACACAGUUUACUGCAGACCAAACGCAGCCCCUCCGCAUGAGCUCACAAUGGACAUGAGACACUUCCUCUGGAUGUUGAAGAGAUUUAAAAUGAUAAAUAAAGAAUUAACAGCAAGAAAAUUUGUGGAGGUCAUAGCAGAGGAUAAUCCUUUCAUGCAUGAUGGAAUUGACAGCAACUUUAAACUUGAGCUGGUUUUCCUGGAAUUCUUUGAAGCUCUGUUAAGCUUCGCACUCAUCUCUGUUACUAACCAAUCGACUAAAUUCUAUUUAAAUUUUCCAAAUGAUGGCUCGUCUGGAAACAAAGCUGGAAGCACUUAUACAAUGAUAAAUCAGGGAAAAUGUAUUUUCUGGUCAUGACCUAUGACAGUGGAGAUACGUAAUGAGUGUCAGAGGGCCUACCGACACCCUCAGGGGUGUGGGGCUCCCCUGGCUGGACCACGAGGCCUACGGCAUCUGAGGUGGUUUUUAUGAAACGUUUCAUCCCACGAUCUAGUGUUUACAAGAGUGGAUUGCUUGUCACAGAGCACAGAUGCCAAGGAACAGCUCCCGAGCGUGUGCAGGAUGCUGGGCGCGUCCCAGAGGACAGGACCUGCUCAUGGGGCUGGACACUGGGCUUCACGCCAAAGCCUUGGGGGAGCAGGGACAGUGUGGGCCGUUGACCGAAAGAUCUAGCCGCUGGGUCAGAUGGAGCGGGGGUUUCAGGGUAGUGGGCUGGAAGGGUUUCUGAUCGUUGAGUCCUUCAUUCGGAGCCACAAGGGAGAGUGUUGGGGGCCAGCGGAAACCCCAGCUGGGAAACUCGCGAGAGCUGCUCACUCAGGGAGACCUCUCACUGUUGGUCAUCUAAGGAGCACCUCUGACCACGAGUCCCAGGAUGUGCCUUGGACCCUCGUGCAGGUUCAACUUCAGUAGCACCCAGUCCACCCGAUCAGCAGAUACGCCCCCUCCAGGUCAUCCGAGAGCCUGGCCACAGGCUGGGGCCGGGUCAUGUCCACCUUAAACUCAUCCAUGCCUGUGUGGAUGGCAGCACAUGGACUCCAGUAACCACACUCGGACACGCUGGCCUCGGGGACAGCCUCAGGAACCAUCGGAUCAAGUUCACGUCUGGUUUCCAAUCUGGCACCGCACAUCCAUCAAGAUAAACAAGUCCUAUUAUAACCAUACAACGGGGGAUGAGCCAGCAGUGAAGUAACUCCUAACACAUGCCAACAGCAUGGGUGCAUUAAUUAUGCUGGGUGAAAGAGGCCAGACAGAGAAGGAUACAUACUGCUGUGAUUCCAAUGACGUAAAAUUCUAGAAAUGCCAAGUGAUCUGUAGUGACAGAAAACAGGUAAGUAGUUGCCCGAGGAUGAGGGAAGAGGGCUUCCUGGGGCACAGGAAACCUGGGGUGAUGGAUACGUCCACUCUCUGAGGCGAUGGUUUCACAGGUGUAGACACAUCGAAACUCACCGUCAUAGUGCGCGUUAUGUGCAGGUCAUUGUAAAUCAGUUAUACCACGUUAAAAUCACGUACACGUGUGUCUCCACGGAAAACAGAAAUCCUCUUAUGUAUUUGUCGUUGAUCAGAACACCCAGAACAGGAGACGAAGUGCUCUAAGAAGCCAGGAAUCUGAGGUGCAGGACGGCAACACUAAGUCGUCUUCAAGCAAGUUAGGAGUCUUGCUUGACAUGAGCAAGAUAAGGCAAUCAGAG